GACCACCAUAUGUGCGGGCCAUUGGAGCAUUAAGAGCCAUUGCUGGUGACGACAUAAUUAUGCGCUGCCCAUUUGCAGGUUAUCCUAUUGAUCAAAUUCGAUGGGAAAAAGCGCAUCAAGAAUUAACAACAAGUUCUCACUAUUCGUUUGCGUCGGUACAUGAAGGCGGUCAGCUUGUUAUUAAGAACCUGGAGCCCAGUCGGGAUCAGGGCAUCUACACAUGCAUCGUGCGCGGCCAAGCGGGUGAAGAAGCACGUCGUGAUGUACAAUUGAAUGUCAACAGCCCCCCAGUUAUUGAACCUUUUAAGUUUCCUAAAAAUCUUCAGGAGGGUGGAAGAGCGCAAAUUACCUGUGCAGUAUCUUCUGGAGAUAUGCCAAUCUAUUUUAGCUGGAAAAAAGAUGAAAAUGCAAUACCUAGUAGUCUUCAGAUUAACGAAAAGAAGGAGGAAUUUUACUCACUUCUUGUUCUUAAGGAUAUCAGCGUCAGACACAGUGGCAAAUAUACUUGUUUGGCGAGUAAUGCUGCCGCUAAGGUCAACUUUACAGCUGAAUUGCAAGUGCGGGUGGCACCACGCUGGAACCACGAACCUAUGGAUACCGCCAUUAUGCUUGGUAACACAAUAUCGAUCAAUUGUGAGGCAGAAGGAUAUCCCAUUCCAACUAUUACGUGGCUCAAAGGAGAAGGCAAAGCAUUUAAGGACUUUAAAGCAUUGAGCAUGCGAAAUAAUUCCCUAAUGAUGAAUAUUGCCACAGAUAAUGAUGAAGGUUACUACCUGUGUCAGGCCACUAAUGGAAUUGGUACCGGCCUUAAGAAAAUAAUACGCAUUAAUGUUAAUGAACCAGCACGAUUUGAGCAGUCUGCACAGAAUGUUAGCUCCCGUCGUAAUGAACCAAUUACAUUGGUUUGCCACGCAAAGGGCGACGAGCCUAUCAGCAUUGUCUGGACUCACAACAAUGGGCGCAUUGAUCUUAAUAACUUUCGUUUUAGCAUUGCUGAGAUGAAAACUGGGAAUGGUGUAGACUCCAAGUUGACAAUUGUGCAAUCGGAACGACAUGAUUCAGGCGAUUAUCGUUGCACAGCUGAAAAUCCGUAUGGACACGCUGAGCACAUCAUUUUUCUCGCAGUGCAGGAGCGACCUGAUACUCCAUCUAAUUUAGAUGUUUUCGAGGUAGGGUCGCGCACCGUUAAACUAAGCUGGCGGCGACCCUUCGAUGGGAAUUCGCCCGUCCUCAGCUACCUUGUGCAGUAUCAGCCACUUACGUACUUGCAGUCACGUGCAGCAAUGGGAGCUGCCGAUAGUGAUUGGGACAGGACCAAUGUCAUAAAUGUUACUCUACCUUCAUCAAGCAUAAAUCAGAGUUAUGACAGUGAUAUUCGCGAAAAUGCCAUUGUAUCAGGACUUUCUCCAGCAACAACCUUCCUUAUACGUAUGCAGGCCAUCAACGAGAUUGACCGCAGUGCUUACACUGAUUCAAUUGUAAUAAAAACACAGGAGGAGGCUCCCACGGAGGCUCCUUCUAAUGUCCAAGUACAAACCAGCAGCGAGAAUGAAUUAAUCAUAAUCUGGCAGAUACCUCCCCGUGCGUCAUGGAACGGUGAGCUUAUUGGUUACACCAUUAACUGCAGUGAAGAAAAGCAAAACAUUAACUUCAUUAGCGUGGUCAAUAGUUCCCUCAAAUCAGUUAUUGUCAGCGGCUGGGCUACAACUAAAGCCACUCUGCGUGGACUGCGUAAAUACACACGCUAUGCUAUCACUGUGCGAGCCCUAAACAGUUUUGGCUCUGGACCAUGGAGUGCUUCGAUCUUCGGCACUACUGCAGAGGGCGUACCUGAGGCUGCACCCCAGAAUGUUAGUUGCUCGGCAUUGUCAUCGCAGAGUCUAAAGAUAUCAUGGUUAGAGCCGCCGUUACAACUGCAUGGCGGCAUUAUACAAGGCUAUAAAAUUUUGUUUCGGCCAAUGGGAUAUCAAUUGGACUCGCCUUCAAAGAUGCAAAUUAAACGUACAUCAAACUUAGAAACUUUUCUGCACACCUUACACAAGGCCACAAACUACUCCAUACGAGCAUUGGCUUACACAUCUACAGGAGAUGGCUUGGCCAGUCAACCAUUGUUUUGUCAAACCCACGACGACAUCCCUGAUGCACCUUUUGCUAUUAAAGCUGCGGCGCUAACUGCCGAUUCAAUUUUAAUUUCAUGGCUGCCACCGAAGAAUCGAAAUGGAAUUAUAUCGCAUUACACGGUAUAUGCACGUGAGGCAGGUCGUAAGGGUCAAACAAAAACUCACGUGGUGCGUGUUGAUGAGUACGGAUAUCCAGUAACAUUUGAAGCGCGAAACCUAGCCGAGAACCAAAUGUAUGAGUUUUGGGUCUCUGCAUCCACAUCGGUAGGAGAAGGUGAACCCACAUCUGUGGUCGCUCAGGCUACAAACACUCGAGCACCUGCACGCAUUGCCUCUUUUGGGCAAGUGGUGAGGAAACCGGUGGGCAUGCGGCUUGUGUUGGAGUGUAUGGCUGUCGGGAAUCCAACACCUCGUGCACGUUGGUUAACUCGUGAUCGGCCCGUGACUUUCAGCUCUUUUUAUGAAGUGACCAAUCAGGGCCAUUUAAAAAUACACCGUGUUGAAAGCAGCUUGUCCGGAAAUUUUACCUGCACCGCAAACAAUCUGUUCGGCAGUGAUGAAAUACAAUAUCAAUUGAUAGCUAUGAAACCUCCCGUUGCUCCACAAAUCAUCGUACAGUACGCUUCCGCUGACAGCAUACGUGUCAGUUGGGAUGCACCAGAAAACGGUGGCGCAGCUCUACAGGGAUACACUAUUUCGUAUCAUACGUCCGGUGAUAGUUGGACGGAGAUUGAGUUGCUGCCAGACAAUAACGCUUAUACGAUUACUGGGUUGAAGUGUGGCAAUCAGUACACUAUAAAAAUGUCGGCUCAUAAUAUGGUGGCUACUGGAGCGACCAGUGACGAAAUAAAUGUCUGGACCAAAGGAAAAGUGUCUCAGGCACCAAAUGGCAGCGAACUAAUUACUACAAAUGCAACAUGCGUAAAUUUAAAACUAUCGUCGUGGCUUAAUGGUGGAUGUGUUAUUAACCAUUUCUCAAUUGAGCAUCGAGUUCUAGGCGAUACACGCUGGACAGUAGUAACAUCGGAUAUUUCAAAUGCCGAGGAAAAUCGUGAUAAUUUAAUAUUUUGUGAUUUUCUACCAGCCAAGUGGUACCAGCUUCGAGUCUCGGCUACCAACGAUGCUGGAACAACUACAGAACAUUACCAGUUUAGUACAAAAAGCCUCGAUGGUAUCACCCUUCCUCCACCCCCUUCGCUUAACUCGGAAAAUGAUUUAAUGGACAACCUAAUAAAUGCAACAAAUCCAACAAGUGGUGAUUGGUUGGCAACAUUUAUUGUCAUUGUCAUUAUCACUAUAACUAUAAUAACUAUCGCACUUCUUGUUAAGCACCGCCACACACUUUGUGGCCAUAUUAAUGAGGAGUAUGAAUCUCGUGCACUACCAAGUGAUUACAAGGAGGAGCGUGAAAAUCGGCACAACCAGCAGGUAUACAGCGCUUCCCCGGUUAAAACAGUUGAUAAGAGUAACGAGUCAGAAAUGUAUGAGAUUUCGCCGUAUGCCACGUUCAACGUCAAUGGAGAAAGAACAGGCGCACCAGCGAAGCCAGCUUCACAUGGGCUGGCAGGACAUACGCCUCAUGAUUACACUAUGCAAUUUAAAACAUUUGGUCACCCCGAAGGGGAUAAUCUUAAUGCUACAGCCUACCCAUUACUAUCCAAUACAAGAUUUGGGCACGGAAAAAGCAAGUCCAGUUGGCCUAAGAAUCGGUACCUUAAUACCGAUGAUGAAUCUACUCUGAGUAAAUCAAUGACUAUUGUGGCUGGAUCUCAUUCUGGUCAUUCUAAAAAACUGGCUAGUACGCGCCCUACAAACAAUGGUACUUCUGGAGUUGUUGCGGAGUCAGAAUCUGACACAAGUAUUAGUCCGAGCACAGAGUUUUCAAAUAUGCCUACAUAUCGAGUUCCAUGUAAAUCCGUACGAGGGAGUGACGGACGUGUAGUUGUUGACGACUUCACAGAUAUGUUUCGUCCCGAUUCGAGUACGGAAUCUAAUAAUGAACAAAUUUCCCCAUUGGUGGAACGGAGAUUAAAUACGCCGCGCCACGUUGGCAUACCAGUAGAUAAUAGAAGCGCGGAACGGCGAUUCCGCAUGAAUGCACAGCUGGGUAAUCAGACGUUGGAGCGACGAAAGUGCCCUGGUAGUAACAACAGGCAGACUUCCCCCGCCAACUGUAUUCAAUGAUGCUCGUGAGUUUGGCGAUCAAGUAGAGUGUGAACGAGAACAACGCGCAUUAGACUUAGAAGUGCAACGCGUGAUGGAAAAUA